AUGGAGCGCUUGGAGAGAAAAAUCGCGCUCCCGCGAACGCGGAGAGUUUUGGCUGGGAAGGAGAGCUUCGGUUGUCGCCAAGGUUGGACUUCGAGGGAGUUCGAGGGAGUUUCGUGGACAGAGUCUAAAAUGACAUUGGAGGAGGACCUGGUGAUACGUAGGAGCCGACCCACGAUGAUCUCCGCCAAGUAUCGCGCCCGGGAGGAACGCCGCCGUUUGCUGAAGAUCUCCGCCGUGAAGCUGAGGAGGAUCGAGGACCCGGAGGCGAGCCUGUGCCGGUCGGUGCUGAUAAAUAACGCGGUGCGACGGCUGCAGCGGGAGAAUCGCGACGAGAAGACGCGGAGCUACGGGCUUCCGGUGGUAUCGUACAUGGACGACGCGAGCAAGGAGAACAGCGUCGCCAGCAACCUCAUCGCCGAUGUGACGGACGAGGAAACGUCGUCGAGGAAAAGGUUGGCCGACGACUCGAGGAGCGACGUGCUCAGCCCCAAGAGGCAGAGGCACGACGACCUGGACCUGCAGGACGAUGUGUUCAACGACUUCUACAUCCUGUCGCCCACGUCGCUGCUCUCGCACAUCGACGAUCUCCAGGACGUGCACACGUCGGCUCACUCGAUGGUCAACGGUUACACGGAGGACCGUCUGGGCGGGCUGACAGACGUGCGGCCGAGCAGCCCCGAUAACGGCGGCAGCCACACCGGCGCUACGAGCAACGGCGGCGGCGCGGUGAACGGCGCCAACUGCUGCGGCAACACGCUCCUCGGUUUCCCGGCGGUCCUCGACGACGACGCGAGCGCGCAGCUCGCGCGACCGGGCGACACCACGAUGGACGUGAGCGACGUGGUGGACCCCGACCGGAUCUGCGACUUCGCUCGGUUCGCCGACUCGGCGAAGACGCUGGAGGAGCGGCUGGCCGAGCUGCAGUCCCUGGACGAGCACUUCGACCUCACCAAGUUCGAGCGCAACAACAACCAGAGCUGCGGCCGCGCCUUCCACGACAUACAGACCUUCCACAGUCUGGUGCCGGGCCUGGAGACCUAGACGACGGCGGUGUACCUGGAGCAGCGACCUGGCUCGGCGCCGUCGGGCCCGCGCGACAAAGCCGGACUCGACAGAGCCGAGGAGGAAGAGGCGGCGUAGAGAGCUGACUUCGUGGUACAAGCGCGAGUGGCGGGGACUUACGAAUGAAAUACCUGGAACUCGAAGAAGCGGGUGCGAGUUCCUCAGCGAGCGAGCGGCGGAAGAAGAGCGCGUCGUCUCUCGUAGUCCGUACUCGAGCGAAGCGGGCCGACGCACCGAAUAUGCGUGAUCGACGCGCGGCUCUCUUCUACGUGCGGACGACAGUUGGCGAACGCGAUGGUACGCCGCGAUACGCCGCACCCGAGAGGUCCAAACCGCGUAUGGGACUCGCGGGGGUCUCCUCGGCGAGGUGAGACGAUGCGUCCGGCGUUCUUGUAACUUAGGGCGCGUCGAGUGCGCGAGAGAACUCGCAGUCAGAGCUGUAAUCAGAGCCGUUCCUUCUCUCCUCCGGUUCCUCCGACUCUUGUCGUCGUUCUCGCCGGGGAACGGGGAGGAAUUCGAAUAGCCUCGAAGUCGCUGUGGCGAAAAAUUUCGGGCUGCAGACCCGCGGUGCAGAUCCGCGCGUGGGAUAUGCGAAGAGCAACAACGUGUGCGCGCGUGUGAUGAAGCGCGAUAAUAUGCGCGGCAUCUCGGCCGAAUCAUCGCCCACGAGUCUGACUCACGUCGGUAAUAAUCUGCUUACAGCACUGACUCAAUGUUCAACGCGCAGCCACGAGGUAUCUAAUAACACACACAGCGAACGCACACCGCACGCGCUUCGAUCGGCCUUUCUGUUCAGCGAUGAUCCGCAGCGAAAGCGCGCUCCUCUUUUCCCCUUUUCCGCUUCUUUUUUUUUUUUUAACACUAAAACCGCCGAUGGUGUCAUUUUGGCUCCGCUGACCUUUAAAAUUGCUGUAAACUCUGUAAACUUUUGCACUGGCUAAUCAUUUUUCCCGACUUUUUGCCAUUUAAUCGGUGAACAUAAUCUCAAUUAACGCAAAUAAUAUUGAAAUAACUCUUCAGUAAGCGGAAGUGAAAAUGGGAGUAAAAUUACUCUGCAAAUUAUCGCGUCACCGUUACACGUAUUCGUUUUCCAUCGUGUAUGCGGCAUUAUAUAUCGAGUAUCGAUCAUCGCGGUACGACUUCUUUCCGCUGGCAGACGUAAUUGCUGGCUUCGUUCUUUGGACGUCGCCGUCGCCGCGCACGCCUAAUCUAUUUAUAUACAUCGUCGCGCACAAUAUCGAAUCUAUUUUAAAGUCGACGGCUGAUAGACAAUGGGUUUCACUCGAUUCUAUCUCGCGCAAUCAUUCCUUGCCGAGUAAUUAUCCAUCCUCCUCCUCCGUCUACCACCUCUCUCUCUCUCUCUCUCUCUCUCUCUCUCUCUCUCUCUCUCUUUCUUUCUCGUUUCCUAUGUCUCAAUUCUUCCUUCGCAAUGAUUAUUCUCCUUCCUUUCCUAACAAUUAGAGAGUCCGUCCUCAUAGAACAAUCAUGUACUCCCCUCCCCCUUUUUUCGCUCUCCCAUCCUGUUGCACAAAAGCCACGCAUUCGUCGACUUAGGGGUCAUCAUUUUCUAAGCUGUAAAUAUAGUUCUCCUUCCUCUUCUUUUUUUUUUUUCGGACGGUCAAUUCCGCUCGCACAAUCGCAACACUCAACCGCAUCGCUCCGUCGACGCGCUAGAUAGGAACAUUCAUGCGUACGCGCGACGAUCCCGCGAGGUUCAAAGUGCGUUCGUGUGUGUGUACUCGAACCGGCAUCGCGGUCUUCCACGCUACGCCCAAGCUUGCCCGCGGCUAAUUCGCGUCCACCUUGCUGCGCCGAAGAUUCGUGUCGCGUCGUGGUCCCGUCUCGGAAACGACACGUGCCUAUAGUGCUCCGACGACGAGGAGGAGGGGAACGGCUCUCGUUUCUCGGUAGCGACGCGACCUUCGGCGUACGACGAGUGCGCGCGCGUGUGUGCGUGCGCGCACAGAACGCGCGUACAGUCACCGUCAUUAUGCUGUAUUAUUCCCUGGGCGAAAUGUUACAGGAUUUUCAGUCUUGGAGCGCCGUUCCGUAGAUAACGAAAAAUCAGGACAGAAAGAAACGUAAUAGAGGGGUGACCAAUCGGAAUCGCAUAAUCAAUCCGCUCCGAUCUCAGAUGGCCGGUUCGGAAAAACGGAAAUCCGUAAAAAGGGAAAGAUCAAAUUUUCUCGAUUACGGCCGAUAAAAAUAAUCAAUCUCUUGAGAAAAAUAUAUGACUAUAAUGAAUUCUAAAAGAUUUAUACAAUUUGAGCGUAGUUAUAAGGAAUUCAUAAAGAAGUUAUUAUAAAUUGCGAUUACACGGAAAAAAUAGUCUCAAAUCAAUGAUAGAUAUUCUCAUGUACAAGCAGGAAUAUUAUAAAUGUUGUUAAUACUCUUCUUAGAAGAUUUUCAGUCUUGAUUCGAUUGGAUUUGUAUUGACGCGAGUAUUACUUGCACUCAAUUCAAGACUAAAAGAGAGAGAUUAUAAUAUAAUAUUUGUACAUAUGGGAACAGUUAUCAUUGAUUUGAGACCACGUUUUUCUGUUUUAUAACUUAAAAAUGACGUGUAUUUUUCGAUCGAGGGAAUGAUAUAGCUUUACAUGACGCCGACUGCACACGCAUUGUUUGUACAUAUACAGAUAGAUUUUUAAGAGAGCACGUUAAGGAUAUAGGACGAAUUAUAGUGAAAUAGCACACGCCCGGUACAUAGCUGACGACUAUCCGUGGACGAAGAGAGAGAGAGAGAGAGAGAGGAGAUGGUUACGAGCGAAAGCGGAGAGCGAGUUCCGCUCGUUUUCCGCUGCGCGUCAGUAGCAAAACCGCGGAGAAAGCGUCGUCGGAAGCUCGAUCAUGUUCCCUCGUCCGGCGCGCGCGAGAUGACCGUCUUCGCCCUCGAGAAGGUGAACGCGCUCGCCGACGCUUUCGAUUCGUGCGUCUCGAGGCGCGCUCGUGCAGAUCGUCGUCGUCCGGAGAAGACGCGGGAAUCGCGCGAGGAACCUCCGCUCCGCGUCGCCGCUGCGUUUCAGAGCAUCGUUUCACGGUUUUUCCCGCCUUGUCAAUCGCCUCGCCGACUCCGAAUUCUUUUUCACCGGGCGUCGUCGUCCGGAGACUCGGAGCGAGCGAUUCGACGGCCGGGCGGCUGCUCGAUCGAGCCGGAGAUUGAGCUCUGGAAGGAAGCGCCGGGUUUUGCACGCGCGAUAGACACACGCGCCGCACGACGAGCCUUAGCUGUUGUACGACCACACGAUGUACCACUUUUGUUAACAACACUCCCUUGGCAUCCGAAGAGUAGACGCUAUAGCGAGCAAUAGCUGUACACUUCCCUGCCGAUGGUUCCUUCCUGAUAUCAUCCCGUUUACAUACGCGUGUGUCACACGGCGAGAGCGAUAGACUCCGUCAAGAGGCCGCGGACGAUUUUACGGAGAAUCGUCGUCACCGACAUCGCCGUACGCUUCGUGGAAACGCUGUGGUUUCAUGAUGAAAAGCAAAAAACUGACAAACACACAUACACACACAUACACUGAAAAUAUGAGAAGAUUACUUUCGCCGUGUGCGUAUGUUAUAUUAAUAUUAACACAUAUUAAUAUUUAUUAAUAUUAAUAUUAAUACAUAUGUGAUACGAUAUAUAUGU